AUGCCAUUUGUGCUUCUCACGAGCAUCGUUCUCACGUCUCAGGUCUCGGAAGAAGGCGGCAAUGUGUUAGGAUUGGAGACGGAGUCGCCACAUUCCAGGCCACAGUCUCAGAGAGGAGCAGGGACGGGGGAGUAUUUAGGAUCUCCAGGUCAGAGAUCUCUCCCCUCAUCUCCUAGCGCUGAGAUCCGAUCUCGAACCUCCCGUGCGCCUAUGGAAUUGGAUUAUGUCACUGAACGAGUGCUCAGUGUUUUCUUCCCUAAAGAGAUCUCCGACGAACUCUACAUCCGGAAACUGGAAGAACUCUCGCAUAUGCUUCAGGGGAAGUAUGGUGACAACUUCAAGGUGUUCAAUCUGUCGGAGAGAAGUCAAGAAUUGGAGCAAUUCUUCGGAGAAAACCUUGAAGAAUUGGGAUGGCCAGAUGAGUUGGCACCUCCUUUAGGGAGGCUGUGCUCGAUCUGCAAAGCCCUAGAAACAUGGGUAGCAUCUUCAACCUCUCCCACCAGGGUCGCUGUUUUGCAUUCCAGAGGAUGGAGGGAUCGAGCUGGAGUCGUGCUCUCAGCUUACCUCCAUUAUUCCACUCUCUGCCCUCGCAACGGGGAGCACUCAUUAGACAGGUUCGCCAUGCGGCGGUACUUCGAUGCAAAAAUCCAACAACUGGAUCAGCCCUCCCAGAAGAGGUAUAUCGAGUACUUCUCGGGAUUGUUGUCGGGUUCGAUCCGGAUCAAUUCAUCUCCAUUGUACCUGAAUCGAGUGGUGGUUGUCGGAUGCCCGGCAUUCUCCAGUCGUGGGGGAUCCACUCCAUUCCUGAAAGUGUACCAGGGCCUGGGUCCAGUGUUUAUCAGUUCCCCUGUCACAGGUGUGACAGGGGAUACCAAGUCUUUCUCCAUUCCUUGUGGUAAUCUCCGGCUUCAUGGGGAUGUCCUCGUGAAAUGUUAUCAUCUCAGGGAGGAUGGGCAAGGCCGGGAUGUUAUCUUCCGCUGUCAGUUCCAUACCUGUGCCAUCGAUUCUUCUCUUCUAGUCCUCAAGCGGCACGAACUCGAUCAUGCCUGCUAUGAUAUGCGAUUCCCCCUGGAUGGCUGGGUAGAACUUCAUUUCGGUUCUGAGUCAUCCGAUGCUCGUCAAUAUCAUCAUCAUAGGGAAGGGAUGCAAGAAACAGACAAUGCCAUCAUGAAAUGGGAUUCCUAUGAAAAUUGCGACACUCGAUCAUCACCCGUGCGCUCCAGCCCCUAUGUCCAAACGAGCAAGACGACGAAUCCCCAACAGGAACCAGGAGUCCUUCAUACACAGGGCCCCAUCGACGGCUCCCUUUAUGCCACAGUGAAUAAAAAGAAGCUGAGCCCAAAUGAUUUGAUCAUUGAAGGGGAAGAAGGACAUACGGUCUCCAUGGACUCGGGAAUAUCCUCUUCGAGUGGGCCAAAAGACGGACAUUUGAGUGGAAGCUCUGCUUCACCUCCUCAUACGGCAGAAAGUUUCCUGAGUACAGUGCAAAGUGACCUGCAAUUUCCGGAAGUGUCAGAAAGAAGUUUCCACACACUGAAAACGACUGUGGAAGUGCACCCAGUGCCGAGAGAUGGCCGCCCUGGACCGGGUGAUCCAGCCGAACUGGAUGAACUCCUGCAGGGGAUGCUGGAAACGGUGGAGAACAUUCCUGACCUGAAACCUGGCCAAGGUAGAGAUGUGGAUAUCAAUAGCAUUCGGACGGACUUUGAUUUCGAGCAUUCGAAAAGCCCGCUCGCGUGGAAUGGAGUAACGUCACAUCGUUCGUUGAGUGUGAGCUCUGGUUAUCCUCCGUCCCUAGGUCCAGCUCCUCCUUCCUCUCCACCCAUCACGAAUGGAUAUGCUUCAUCAGUAAGCAAGGCAUCAGACUCUUGCCUUGAUGAUACACUCAACACGACCGUAGAUGGAUUGGAUGAUUGCGAUACCCCAUACCACACGAGAGGUGAUAGCAAACCCUUCAGCUACGGGCCGGUGACGAGUAGCCCGAGUUUUCAAAGAAGAGCAGCUCAGAAUCGAAGCUUGUCGUCAUCGAACACCGUGAUGAUGAAGAAAGAAGCCCUGGAGCCGGGCUUGGAAAGCCCGCGGCUCGUGAGAAAACUAUCAGCUCCUCAAUCCCCAGUCAACAGCUACUCCGUAUUAGAGUCUCCUGGAUUCGUAUCUCGAAGUGCGAGCUUCCGAGACAGAGAUAGAGAAUCCAGCAAAACGUGGAGCAGUGGCACAGGGUCGCCUUAUGAGUACAAGAAACCCCUUCAAUCUAGUCUGUCCUUCAGGGGAACCCCGACUUACCACAGAGAUUUCACCUAUGGGCCCGAAGUAUUCAGCCGUCCUUCAUCACCCGGGGGCUCCACGUGGUUACAGUCGCAACAAACGAAGCUCCGAGAGAGGCAAGAAGCUCGACUUCGAAUGGCGCGGUCUCCCCACGAAGAGCGACUCAUGAGUGAAUUGAAGAGUGUACAAAACAAACGAAUGCUCGACACGGGGAUGGUUCAGGAUCUGUCUACUCCGUUGCACGUCCACACGUCAUCAUCAUCAUCAUCAUCUCCCGGUGCACACCCAGGAAGUGUGCCCGAGAAUGGAGGAUCCUCUACCUAUGGAUCUCCUCUUCUCAGCACUCCGACUCGAAGCUCCUCUCGCCAGCGUACGGCACAUUACCAACUCCAGAGGAAUAAAUCCGACACUUCUUUCGAUAGAGAUCGGCCUUUCGUCAGCGUCAAGCGGGCGCACGAGGAGUCCAAGAGAUACAUUGAGGACUUGGAAGAGGGGGGAUCUCGCCCGGUGACACCAGGAUUCCCUGUCCAGAACUCUCCACGUACACCGUACGUGAACUCGAGUCAUUCAGAGACUGCAGCUGGGCUUCCACCCAAGAGUCCUACAUCCUCGCGCAAGGACCGCUCUCCAUCGCCAGCCCAGGGAAAGUCCCAACAAGGACAGGGUCUCCUGACACAAGCGGAGACUCUCAACGGUCACGUUUCCCCGUCUCUCUACCAUGGCCAGUCCACGAGGUCCUCUCUUCUCUCUCUCACAGAUUCCCCUCAUCAUGAUGUCAUCUCUCAUCACCCUGUUUUUGUCAGCGACAAUUCUCGUUUCUGGUACAAACCCUCCAUCUCUCGAGAAGAAGCUAUUGGGAUGUUGAAAGAUAAGUCACCAGGUACAUUCGUGGUUCGAGACUCUUAUUCUUAUCCCGGAGCAUAUGGACUAGCAUUGAAAGUGGCUGCACCCCCAGUCAACAUGUCUCCCUCCAAAAUCAAUUCCGGUGAUAUCUCGAACGAGCUCGUUCGGCAUUUUCUCAUCGAAACCACUUCGAAGGGAGUACGAAUCAAGGGCUGUCCCAAUGAACCCGUCUUCGGAUCCCUGUCAGCUUUGGUAUACCAACAUUCGCUGACUCCAUUGGCAUUGCCCUGCAAGCUUCUCCUGCCGUCGUCUGAUCCUGCCUGUGUCACAUCCCAGGCCGUGCAGAUCGAAUCACCUGCACAGCUCCUCGUGCAAGGAGCAGCAUGCAAUGUUCUCUAUCUGUUCACGGUGGACACGGAAAGCCUGACAGGACCUCAAGCCAUCCGAAAAUGCAUGGGGAUCCUUAUGGCACAGAAGACAACGCCCACUGCCACUGUAGUGCAUUUCAAGGCCUCUUCCCAGGGUAUCACCCUCACUGAUAACGAACGUAAAGUCUUCUUCAGUCGGUGUUUUGGGUUUGUGGCCCGGAAGCCAGGAAGUCGAAGUUCCAAUCAGUGUCACCUGUUUGCGGAAUACGAACCUCAGCAGCCUGCCACUGCAAUUGUGAAUUUCGUCACUAAAGUCAUGUUGACGGAUUCCCCUCUGGUUCAGUUCGAUUGCACAGGAUAUGGUGAUUUUGUUGCAAAGGUGUCCAGAAUCAGCGUUACUCCAACAUUCAUCUUUGAAUUUGAAGCCGGAUCAGAUUGA